UUUGUCAAACGCGCCACUAAAAGUUGCGGAUUUUUUCUCGGAUUUCAAAGAAAUUUACGUUGAAAUGCCUAUUAUCAAAAAUAUAAAAUUUUCCAGUAUGUUGAAGUUAACAAACACAAAAACGUGUUUGAAUUACCCAAGGAAGUUUAGUUCGAACCAGGACAUAAAUGAUUCAAAUGCUCCAUUCUCGGCCAAAAUAAUUAUGGUAACAGGUGACUCGUGUGGAAUUGGGCAGCAAAUUGCUAAUAGUUUCCUAAAAGCGCAAGCUAAGGCGGUAAUUUUAGCAGAUGCAAAUUUACGUAAACCAGAAGAUUCUAAAGUUAUUAACAAGCCUAAAACAAAAAGGAUUUUGUUUGAAACGAUUAGCGCUGUGGAAAAAGGAAAUUUAUAUAGAUUAUUCAAAUACACUAAGGAAACUUAUAAAAAUAUCAACAUAGUAAUAAACAAUGCAGGCGAUAAUUUGGAAUCAGCCCAAGAAAAAAACAUUAAUAAUAAUGUUGCCAGUUUAGUGAAAGGAACACUCCUAGGAUUCCAGGAAAUGCAAGGAACUGGUGGAAUUAUUCUCAACAUGACAACACUUAGGGAACGAGAACCUUCCAAUAAUUCACCAAUAUUCAAUCAAAUUAAUCGAUUCGUAAUAAAAUUUUCCAGAAAUUUGAGCAAAAACUAUUUUAAUAAACCGACCAAUGUUAACGUAAUGACUAUCUGUCCUUUUAUCAGUAAAAAUAAGGAAGUUUUGUCUCUGAAGGAAAUAGAUAAAAUACAGUUAAGUGAAGCAAUUUUAAUGGUGCUUAAAACAAAUAAAAAUGGGAGUAUCUGGAUAGCUGAUUCUGAUUGUUUGUAUCAAAUUGACGAGAAACAAGUAUUUUCUGCCAGCAAAACUGAAGGGUUAGAUAAUGCAGCUCCAAAGUAAGCGAAUUUAAAGAAAUGACAAUAGAGAAAUUAAGGAAAUAAUAGAAAUUAUGAGUUAUAUACGAAAUUCAAAUUGCUCAUUGAUUUGUUAAAGAUAUCAAGUUAAUAAAAAAUUUAAAUAAU